CCGGCGGCGGCUCCGUUCCGACGGCGCCUGAAAAAUGCUGCGGUUUUGGAGGACGCAGAGGAGCUCUACCUUGUCAAACGCCUCAUCCAUCGUGGAGAUGAACGUGCACAUGGACUGCGACGGCUGCGAGAAGCGUGUGAGGAAGGCCAUGUCCCGGCUUCAAGGCACGCAAGCGGCCGUCACGGUCCUUCCAUUACCAAUUUACCAUCCCGCGGAGACGAAGCAACGAAGUGCUAGUAAUGGUGUGGCCGUACGUGCAGGUGUGAGCUCGGUGGAGAUCGACAGGGACCGGCAGAAGGUGACGGUGACGGGGCACGUGGACCGGCGGGAGGUGCUGCGCGCAGCGCGGCGGACCGGCAGGGCGGCGGAGUUCUGGCCGUGGCCCUACGACGCCGAGUACUACCCGUUCGCGAUCCAGUACCUGGUGGACGACACCUACGUGGCCACCGACAGGUACUACCGCCACGGCUACAACGACCCGAUGAUCGGAUCCUACCCCUGCCACGCCUUCACCCACGUCGUCGGCGACGACGCGCUCGCCGUCUUCCACGAGGACAACGUCCACGCCUGCGCCGUAAUGUGAGGGAAGCGCGGAGCUCUAGCUGAUGAAGAAAACAACGUAACCACAGCGUGCACGAGUUAUUAAUUUCACGGGAAGAAAACAACAGUCAGUCCUUUAUUAAAAAAAUUUCAGCUCAGGUGGUGAUAAUCGAUAACAAUUUUUCAAGAACACCAACUAAAGAAAAAUCUGCUUCGGACAUAGUAAAAAAGAAUUGUUGCUGGUAAAACUUUGGCUUUGUUCAGAGCCAAUGGGUGGUAUUAGUCAGCAAGGUAUCUAUAGUUUUCGCUAGAAUAUUAGAAUCACUGGACGACACGGAGAGUACCAAAAGGAAGCACUAUUCUUGUAGCUGUCAAAUUGCUCAGCCAAAAAGUGAUGAUAAAUUGGUUCGAGCUAGCUAGGAAGAUAUCUUAUGCCAUACGCACGCAGGCCUUAACCUUGCAUUAUACAGCAAGCACUGGGUAAUUACUAAUUUUACAUUUGAAAACACGUUAUGAUGGAUUAGCAGCUCCGUUCACGUACCCGACAGCAACAAUGCAAUCGGCAUUUGACUGUCUUCAGGACAUGCUACUAUUCAUGAACAGAGAAACGUUGAGAAAUACUAUGUGCAACAGUCUGAAGAUAUGAGCACUAAAGACAGCAAAGAAAAGGAUAGAAGAGACGCCGUGGGGAUCCGCGUUCCUUGGUUCGUUCCUUGGUCUGUUCGUUUUGUCAGGGAAUUUGUGCUAGAGAUGACACGGAAUCAGAAACUGGAUCGAUGAUAGGAGCAGUCAGGUGCAUUGAUCUGCUCUGCACCAUCCAUUUGGGAAGCACGUUCUGCUUUCAAAUCCACAAACCUGUCAACCAAUUGCUCCCUCUGAACUUUCAGAACACCCUUUAAAAAUCGCCCCUCGAACCUCAGUAAUCCCAUGACCAAACAGCUUGGAAAAUUUCACGAUUCCCACCCAUCUCCUACCCCCGGGACUGGUGCACCAACAACAGCUCAGGCGCAUAACAUACCAAUCAGGAUAUGAUUUUGCUUGCAAAUUUUUGUUCGUCAGGCUUGACCACACCACAACACAUGGUAACAUGAUCCAGACUUGUGGUAGGUUCAGUGGUUGUUCGGACAUAAUUUAUACACAAACAAAGAUGCGAAAUCCAUCCGACAAUUACGGUGCCAAAUCACCAACGAACCCGCUAAUAAAAAAACGAAUCGCCGUUCAGAUAGAUUAAUGCGUCACCUCCGCGGAGGUCAGCUCUCCAGCCCGGCCGGCGUCCAGUUUGCUCGUGAGAAACGUGCCUCUCAUGACAACGAAACCCAAACCAUGCGCUGAUCUGGGAUCUCAGCCGUGUUGACCACGCCCCAGACCUGGUCAAUCACGAUCAGGAGUAACUCAACAACAACGAAAAAAAGGAAAAAAAAUUUAAAUUACUCCUAUGAACUAUAGUUAAAGUUUGGAUAACCUCUUAAAGUAUCGUUUGAUUCAUUUUACCCUUCAAAUAUCUUUUAAUUCAAAUUAUUCUUUAAUACAAUUUGUCUUUUUCAUUUUUUCAUGCUAGGU